AUGAAGUGCUCAGUGAAUAAGAAUGAAGAUGGUGGCAAUUGUGCUGGUAACAAUGAUAAGAGCUGUGUAUUUUUUGUUUUCACAGAUAGCCCCGAUACAGGCCUUGGAAUUUGUGGAUGGAUUUUGGUGUAUGUCUCAUUCUUUUUAACAAUUAUAACUUUCCCAUUAUCAAUAUGGAUGUGCAUAAAGAUCAUAAAAGAAUAUGAAAGAGCCAUCAUCUUUAGAUUGGGUCGCAUUUUACAAGGAGGAGCCAAAGGACCUGGUUUGUUUUUCGUCCUGCCGUGCACUGACACCUUUGUCAAAGUGGACAUGAGAAUUAUUUCAUUUGAUAUUCCUCCUCAAGAGAUCCUCACCAAGGAUUCCGUGACAGUUAGUGUGGAUGGUGUGGUCUAUUACCGCGUUCAGAAUGCAAUCCUGGCUGUGGCAAAUAUCACCAACGCCGACUCGGCAACCCGUCUGUUGGCACAGACCACUCUGAGGAAUGUCCUGGGCACCAAGAACCUUGCUCAGAUCCUCUCUGACAGAGAAGAAAUUGCACACAACAUGCAGAGUACCCUGGACGAAGCCACUGAUGACUGGGGAAUCAAGGUGGAGCGUGUGGAAAUUAAGGACGUGAAACUCCCUGUGCAGCUCCAGAGGGCUAUGGCUGCCGAAGCGGAAGCAUCCCGGGAGGCCCGGGCCAAGGUCAUUGCAGCCGAGGGAGAAAUGAACGCAUCCAGGGCUCUGAAAGAAGCCUCCAUAGUCAUCAGUGAAUCUCCUGCGGCCCUUCAGCUCCGGUACCUGCAGACACUAACCACCAUUGCUGCUGAGAAAAACUCCACCAUUGUCUUCCCUCUGCCCAUAGAUAUGUUGCAAGGCAUGAUGAGGGGAAAUCAGUGAGGCCUAGAGGCCAACACAGAGAUGAGCUCUUCCCUUCGAGGAUGAUGUGGGGACCAAAUUAGCCUUUAACCCCUAGGGAGAGGGCAGGUGGGAACCCUGACUAUUCUCUCUCCCUUUCCUUUUCCAUAUAUUGAGAGUGAUGUUCUUAGAAUGCACAGGGAUCCUAGCAACAGGUAAAGAUUGUCAGCUUGUAAAUACUGUGUGUGUGAGAGAUUUAUAAUCUCUUACUCUUUAAAUAUUGAACUCCACAUUUUUAGAUCAUUAUGUACUAGGUUAAAGCCUCUUUUUUUGACUUUGAUGGAAUUAUUCUACACCCUCUAUCAGGAGCCGGGCCAAAGGAAACCACCACCUGACACCCUUGGCUGGACAAAUGCUUUCAAAAGACAGUGACCUUAAGCUACAACCAGCUUCUCUGGGCCACACGUGCCUUACUUCCGGGGAAUCUUACUUCAGGCAAUUUUGUAACAUCCGUUUACUUUCUAAAUCCAAACCAUGUUUCAAAAUAAUCCUCGCUUGAGACUAGGCAUUCUCUUGCCAGUACCUGUCAGCUCUGGAGGAAGGUCAAGAUCAAUGAAAAUGAUUACCCUAACCUUUGAAAGACUUUUAAAUCCACUAUAAUAGGGGUCCUUUGAAAUAAUGUGGCCCUUCAAAUUAGCUAAAUACCUGUCACGCAAGUGCUUUUUCUCACUUUACCUAUUUUCAUAUAUCAGAUCCUAAAUAGUUUUGAUUUUUUAAAUAAAAAUUUGAGUUCUACAAAUAGUUGUCUUUAUAGCCAAUUGAAUAGCCUAAGAACUAAUACUUUUUUAAAAAAAAAUCUUCAGAAAACCAUUGUAUUUUACUCUCUGCAUGCUAUUAAUUAUUGCAUUCUGGGAAAUAUCUCAGUUAUCUAUCUCAUUCAUUAAAUGUGUAAAGAAUUCACAAUAUAUUGGGCAUGUCAUGUCCAAUAAGCUUGGGAAAACCCUGUCAAACUGAGGAUAUCUAUAUAGAUGUCUAUCUUUUUCAUUUGCCUACUUGUUCUUUUUCUAUCAUGUAUGUUGAUGCUGAAAAAGGAAAUGGUUAGCCCUUUUGAACCGCAGUUGCUUAAUCUGUGAUAUUACGAGGCACCUUUUAUUUCACAAGCACCUGUGACUGAGCAAGCUUGCAUUCUUCUUACUGGUCUAGAAUUCUGGCUGGUGACAUUUGUGUCACCUCCUCUUUGGGGCUGAGUUCACCUAGAGAAGUCUAAGAAUAGCUGCUUCCUUACCCAGAGCCGCUCUUCAUAUCUGUCCCUACCCAGAUCACUGUCAAUCCUAGCCUGUGAGGGUCCCCUCCCCUACACUCCGUUUCCACGUUUAUUUUAGAAAACCUCGAACCACCGUGUAUCCUAAUUCCCGGCUUAGUUUAUGAGAUUGAACUCAAAUGGCACUUGUAAUUUGAAAAAAAUGAUUUUAUCUCCUUUGUUUCGUGGCUCACCCUUGACCACUGAGGACCAGAAAACAACCUGUUGAAAAUCUCUUCCCAGACUUCGAGUAACAAUGCUUUCUGUUCCUUGAGUUUCCCUGUCUCCAGAUACCAAGCAGUCUCUGCUUUUCUGCCUUGUGUCUUCAAAGCCCAGAGUCUGGAAUGAAAUCGCCUGGGAGGGAGGAGGUCUAGGAUGAGAGUGUGAGUGCAAGAGUGUGUUCCAAGCAGUCUCCCCUCCCAAUGCUGUACGUAAUAAAGAGCGAGCUUGUCCCAACUUUCUUUGGGUGCGAGCGGUUUCUUCCUGCA